GGGAUAGAGCCAAUGUGAGAACAACACUUGUCCUGAGAGAAGGUAUAUAACCUACUCUUGCUUCCCCCACCCCCUUUUACCCCUGUGCACUUUUCUGGCAGACAUCCUUGAGCAUUUGAGACGGAUGUGAGAGAAUUUUCAGUCCUCACUGGAAAACAAGCCAACUAAACAUAACAGAUUACAUCAGCUCAGGCUUUUCAAUUCCUGGAUGGUAGCAGCGUGCUAAUCCAAACUUCAUCCUGGAUUUCGCAAAGUAAAACAAGGGAGGCUGGCAAGGGGACAGAUUGAGGAAAUUGACGACGGCAGGCCUUGUGGGCAAGAGGCUGUAUAAAGCUCCAAAUCUGUAAGCUGAUCUUCAGAACUUCCACAUUUGGUUCUUCACUCUUGCAUCCCAGAGCAGAAAACAUCCAGAGUGAACUUUUGCAACCUGCCAUUGGGGACGGCGGAAUUGUGCUUUCAUCACCAGGAGCCAUGAGCAGUUUUCUGGUGUUCACUCUACUUCUGGUACCCUUGCAUGUCAGAGCUACCUGGAGCACCAAGUAUGCAGUAGAUUGUCCCGAGUCCUGUGACAGCAGUGAAUGUAAAAACCCGCUGCAUUGUAAGCGGACCGUGUUGGAUGACUGUGGCUGCUGUAGGGUAUGUGCUGCAGCUCUGGGAGAAACUUGCUACCGGACAGUUGCAGGGAUGGAUGGUGUCAAAUGUGGGCCCGGACUGAAGUGCCAGUUUUUUUCUGAAGAAGAUGAUUUUGGAGAUGAGUUUGGUAUCUGCAAAGAGUGUCCCUAUGGUACAUAUGGGUUAGAUUGCCUAAGAACCUGCAGCUGCCCCUCUGGGAUAUGUGACAGAGUAACUGGGAAGUGUGUAAAGUUUUCUUUUUUCCAAUUGGCUGCAUCAAAACCUCCCCACCAACGAAAAUUACUGCUGCCUGCAGAGAAUGACAUGGGAUCCGGUGAUGGUAAUUCGGUGGAAGAGGAUUUUGUGAAGGAAAAAGACAUUCACUCACCAAUCAUGAAAUGGCUAAAUCCUCGCUGAUAUUAGCCUAUGUGGGUUGGAUUUCUAACCCAUGCUUUCUUCUGAUAAAUAAUGAAUGUCCAACAAACCAUUUUAAAAACAGUAGAUCUCUGACAGAGGAAAUGGUAAUUUUUUUUAAAAGAUCCAGUUUAUGGAUCUUUGGGAAAGGAUUGAAUUUCAGCAAGAAACUGUGUACAGUGUACAUGAUUUUUUGAAUAUCUUUUGAAUACUAAAUGUAUCAUGAAUCCUUGAAUGUAAAAUAUUGUUGGAACUUGCAUAUUGUUGGAAGUUACAUAUAUAUAGAAAAACACAUAUUACUUAUUUUUAACAUUCUCAAUUCUGUAUGUCCUGCACAAAAUAUUUAUUCAUCAAAGAACUGAAAAUGUAUGGGAAUAAAAAGUAGGAUAUGUACAGUCUAAACUGAAAUCCUAAUUCCAGCAGUUCAGUAACAGUAAUAUAGAGAACUGAUAGCUGUUAAAUAGGGAACCAGCCUUACUUCUGAAGACGAGUAUUAGAAUCCUAUACAUAUUAUCUGCCAGUAAGUCCCAA